UUAGUGCUGCAGACAUUCUCAUGUCAGCACACAGACGACGCCACUGACUGCAGUAGUUAGGAUGAUCAAACUUUGGUGCAUAGUGCACGCUCACCUGGACUCUAGAAUGCACCUGCGCAUCAUAGAGGAUGUGUGUUCCUUGUGAUUUCGACUCGGCUUGACUUUUGUUUUUGUAAACAUGGAAGAUGCCGAGCUUGUUAUCCGGUUGCCCGGGCGAUCCGCCUCCCCUGUGGACGGCAGACGCUUCGGCGCGAGCGUGGGGUUCGGAGAGACGUUGGUAUUGCGGCACAAGGAGGUUCACAACUUCUUUUUCGUCCCCUUCAGGGAGCAGCCCAUCUACAGCACGCGGGCCCACGUCUUCCAGAUUGACCCCAACACCAAGAAGAACUGGCUGCCCACCAGCAAGCACGCCGUCACCGUGUCCUAUUUCUACGACAGCACGCGCAACGUCUACCGAAUCAUCAGCCUGGAUGGUACAAAGGCGAUAAUUAACAGCACCAUCAGUCCCAACAUGACAUUCACAAAGACUUCGCAGAAGUUUGGCCAGUGGGCGGACAGUCGAGCCAACACCGUCUAUGGCCUGGGAUUCUCCACUGAGCAUCACCUGUCCAAGUUUGCAGAGAAGUUUGCAGAGUAUAAAGAAGCGGCACGCCUCGCUAAAGAGAAAAGUCAAGAAAAGAUGGAAAUGGCCACCUCGCCCUCGCAGGAGUCUCCAGCUGGGGAGCUGUCCUCACCUCUGACCCCUGUGACUCCGCCCAUGGAAAACAUCAACGGCACCGACGACAUCUGCGACACCACACCCAACUCGGAAUCCAGACCAGAACCGUCGCAGAACGCGCUGGCCUUCGCUCAUAGGGAGCCGUUUAAGACUUGUCGGGUCUGCUCUUUCUGAUAGUGCUGUCAUUACAAGCCCGACUACUGCAACUGUACACACAAUAUUGUUAUGAGCCUCACUGCUAACAAACAUGCACGCUAGCAGUACUCCGACACUGUCACCUGUGGGUGCAUUGCAAGUAGGGAUGGUCCGAUCAGGGAUUUAUGCUGCCAAUUCCGGUCAUCCAUGAGUGAGAUCAGCCGGUACUAAUAGAGAUCACAUGUAUUAACUGUACAUUGUUCAAUAUUGUAAGUGGUUCGACAGUUUAACAAUAUCAUUACAAUAUUUUAAUGAGUUCCUUGUAUAUUACAUGCAAUUGUUUGAGUAAAACAAAGUCAACAGAACUGGGGUCUUCAACGCUUUCCAGGCCAAAGACCACUAAAUGAUGGAGAGGUGGAGCGAGGAGACAGUAUAUAUACAGUAGGAAUAGGAUUCCUAUGGCCCCAUUUAUCGCUGUUUACCUGACACGUGAAACGUUACGAAUUGAGGGCGUGCACUAUCCACUUUAGCCGCCAGAUGGCAGUAGAGUGUUGAAUAUCUUCAAAUGUGUUUUGUGGCAAUUCCAGCUUUGACCACAGCGUCCACAAGUGUAAAAAAAAAAAAAAUCGCAAUUCUUAUUUGUUAUGACUUUUAAAUCGAUUAAAAAAAAUUGUUUUACUGAUUUUUUGGGGGAUUUUUUUGUGAUCUGCCCUGUUCAGCAAUUAAGACAAAUUAUAUUCUUGAAGUAGAUGAUCAUGUCUGCUGUACACAUUUACUUUAGAAAAGAGAAGGUUGAAUACUUCUCGUUGCCUUUUUUGUUAUUGAUUUUAUUAAAUGUUUAGGAAGAAUUUUAUUAAACAAAAACAGUUUUCUUUAAGUAAUAUAGAAAUUUAUCAGAGCUGUUUGUCUAUUCUAUGGAUUUCGACUUGUUGAAUUGAAUUGCUACCCCCAAAAAUGUUAUCAAAUUGUGUGGUGCCCAAAGAUUCACAGCCUUAAUGUAGAGUGGCGCUUUCUAUAAUUUUUAGCAAAUUGCAAUGCAAAAAGAUUACCCUUCCCCUUCCUCUCACACGAAAUCCACCCAGGAAUUGAGUCAUAUGAAUCCCUUUUCCACUGUAUAUCCUGUAUAAAAUCCGGUUUUAAAUUAAACUAGUUUUAGAGGGACAUUGGUAUUGUGCAAUCCUAAGAUAUUAAAAUAAUACGGUAUACCACAGGUGUCAAACCUGGAAAUAAUAUGCAUCCAUAAAGUACUUCAUCUUUUCUUACUAAAUGCAUUUCCAUUUUGACGGGAAAAAAAACAUGUAUUGCAUGCAAUUGCAUAUAUUUUAAACUAAUAUUAUCUAAUAAUGCAACACAUAUGUAAUCAUACAUCCCCAAAAAUAAGUUGUUUAAAGAGCCCACACCCAAAAAGAAAACAUUUCACGCUCUACCCCUCCCAACUCCUCUCUGUCGCCACUAUAAUUAGUACCAUUUGUCUAUUAAAUUGUUAUAAGUACACCUCUACAUACCCUUGUAUUUUUUUAACAUUAAAGUAAAAAAAAAACAAAACUAUAGAUUGACGACAACAAAUAACUUAAUUAUCAUUGUUUUUAGUCUGUAACAGAAAAAAAUAUAUGUAUACCGUAUUUCCUUGAAUUGCCGCAGGGCACAUAGUAUGCGCCUACCUUGAAUUACUGCCGGGUCAAACUCGCUUCCCAAAAUAAUUAGCGCAUGCUUAGUAUUACCGCCUGGUCAAACUCAUGACGUCACGAGGGACAUUUCCCCUGUCAUAAUUUUAGAAAUGGAGGAGGCUGAUUUCAAUCCAAUCCAAUCCAAUCCACUUUAUUUAUAUAGCACAUUUAAACAACAAUAACGUUUCCAAAGUGCUGCACAGCCAUGUUAAAAACAAUUGUAAAAAAAUAAAUAAAUAAAAUAAAAUAAAAAAAGUAUAUAUAUAUAUAUAUAUAUAUAUAUAUAUUAUGCUCCACCAAUGACUGAAUAAAAACAAAAAAUUAAUAAAUAUAAAACCAAUAAAAACAAUAUAAAAACAAAUAUGAUUAAAAACUAUUUUAAAGGGUAAAAUCAAUUAAAACAGUAAAAUAGAAAUCAAAGUGUAUAAAAAACACAGAGGACAACAGAGAACAGAGGACCACACAACUCACGUAGUGUUAAAAGCCAAAGAAUAAAAGUGGGUCUUAAGACGAGACUUAAAACACUCCACUGUGGAAGCAGUUUGAACAUGAAGCAGCAGAGUGUUCCAGAGCUUAGGGCCGACCACAGAGAAGGCCCUGUCUCCCCUGGUCUUAAGUCUGGUCUUGGGCACCACGAGCUGGAACUGGCUCUCGGACCUCAGAGCGCGCGCAGGAAUGUAAAUUUGGAUAAGGUACGAGAUAUAUUGAGGUGCCAGUCCAUGUAAAGAUUUAAAAACAAACAGCAAUGUUUUAAAAUCAAUUCUAAAAUGAAUCAAUACCGGUAAUUUGAAAUCGCAUAAAGGGAAAAAGAUUGAGAGCUAUUCAGUAGGAUUUAAGGUCCAAGCUUACAUCACACUCAAAUUUUUACUGCAUACCUUUGGUAAGUGCCGGAGUGAGAAGAGGUUUUAAAAUAAUUAGCGCAUGCUUACUUUUACUGCAUGCCUUUGGUAAGCGCAGGAGUGAGAGGAGGUUUUAAAUUAAUUAGUGCCCCGGCGGCAAUUCAAGGAAAUACGGUAUAUUUUAUAAUUAUCCUUAUAAGAACUAUAAAUAUUCGAAAACGAAAGAUUAAAUUGAAUAAACUCAAAAAUAAUCUUAAAAUGAUCAGCAACAUUAACUCAGGAGCACAAUACAUACAAUACUUGAACGUACAAAACAAAAAAUAAAUAAAAUCAUUUGUUAAGAUUUUUUUUUUCCAAAAUAAGCGAGUCAGGAUUAAAGGCUACAAUGAGCACAUUUUGUAGUGCCCAGUUUUUUUAGGUUUAAAGCAUGAUACUGAUUAAGCCCCCGCUGCAGUACCUCUGCAGACCCCUAGGGGUCACGGACCCCACCUACUACUACCUCCGCUAGAGAACACAAUAAAUAAACUAAAUAAAAAACUAACUUAAUUUCAUUCAAUCAAAAUCAGAAUUACUCUUAUAGGUUCUGUAAAGUCCUCCUGUGCCAAAGGAAAUAUUCCCUAAAUUUGUAAAAAUUAACAAAAACAAAACAAAAAAGGGAUUUUGAGAACAUAAAAAUGUCGACAUAGUAUUGAUCACAACCUGAUACUACACUUGGUGUCGACACCACUCGUUUAUGGAUCGAUCUGCCCUCUUACGCUUUGUGUACUUCUGACUGUGACAAUGCUGACACACUAAAAGAUGCUGAUAUAUUAUCCUCUCUCGACACCUUAUUUACUUGUUCAUUUCAUGUUACUAGCUGCUGACUUACAUCUACACUUCUUAAACUUUACUAAGCACUUAUUUAUUGGUGCUGAUUCUAGCGUCUAACUUUGCUAUUAGCAUGCCUGCUUGUGCUUGCUCUCGGUGUGUAACAUGUUCCGCCUCGUCCUCCAGUGAUAAUACUUGACAAUGAUACUUAAGACAGUGGUUCUCAAACUUUUUUUUACCAAGUACAACACUUGGCUGUCCAAAUACCACCAUAAUGACUAACAAUAACAUACAAUAGCAUAGGAGGCCUAAGUAUUCAUUAAAAACAAGGCAGAGAUUGUAUUAAGUAUAUUUAAUAUUUUUGGCCACUGUAACAUUACACACACUUUGAACAUUAACACUGUGUUUGAAUAUAGGAAAAUAAAACUCUCCACUGAAGUGAUUUUUGGCGUACCACUAGAUGAAGCCCGCAUACCACAGUUUGAGAAUCACUGACUUAAAAUAUUGAGAAAUGUUGUUUAUGUGAUGUAAUGGAGGUGAUUACAAACUGUUUAUGGAGACACAAUUAACUGCUAGCUUGUCAGCAAGGGGAUUCAAAAUGAUUUUUUUCAUACGUUUUCAUACAAAUCAGCCGAUACCUGUCGAUGGCAAUAUAUUGGCACAUCCAUAAAUGCAAGUUUUCUUUGACACAAUACUUGGACCAGUCCAAAGCGGAUCUCAUUGAUGAAAAUCUGUCCAAUUUGAGCAUGAUUUUUUAAUAUGUUUUUUUGUAUGUGCAAUAAUUUCACAAGCAACUGAAAAAAGUCUAAUGAUGUGUAUUUUUGUGCAUGCGAAUGUAAUAUUGUUCCUUUAGCAGUGGAUUAUGUCCCUUGUGUUAGUGCAACAAUCCAGACUGUUCUUAGGCUUUUUCAACAAGGUGAAUUUGUGAGGCUCAUGUCCAUGAAGGUGUUUUUUUAGCCCUUAUACAACAAUGUGAGGUGUGAGUGAUGGGAAAAUAGAGAACAAACACAAAAUAUUUUACAAUAAAUUCAAGCUUCCAAAACUGUCACAUCUAUUUAUUUGUAAUCUCACUCAUUUCACAAUCCCUCAGUUGUUUGAAUGAAAGAAAAAAGCGCUCCAUCCUUUAAUGCAUCUAUUAAUUUCACAUGAAAAGGCUGCGCUGGAGGUUUAGUAGUGUUUUUUCUAAAUGGCUUUAAAAUCUUUAAGUGCGAAUGCUUCGAAAUUCCCGGCGUUUAGUCAUGAAUUCUUUAUGGCACCAGAGAAGCUGUGUGCAAUGAGGGCUGCUUGUCGCAAAGUGUGUGUGUGUGUGUGUGUGUGUGUGUGUGUGUGUGUGUGUAUGUAUGUGUGUGUGUGUGUGUGUGUGUGUGUGUGUGUGUGUGUGUGUGUGUGUGUGUGUGUGUGUCCAUUAAUGCUCUAUGCGUGGGAGACACUCGCCAUGGCAAGCGUGGACCUAACAAGUCUUUUUUUCUCUCUCUUUUGGUGCGAUAUGCAAAAAGGAAAGCUGUCUUUUUACAUUAUUUGAUGUUGCCAGGAGUGAUUUCAUAUGACCAAUAAUGAGUUGGGCCCCAACCACUUUGGUCGGCUGCGUUCUCACUUUCACUUGCUUUGAAAAGAUGUUACAAAUGGCAAACAUAAUUUGCGACUAAUCAUUAAACGUUAUAACACAGGGUUUCCCAUACAUUCAUUUUUUUUGUGAAGGCCUGCAGUAAAUACAUUUGGACCACCACAAAUACAUUUGGCACUCAUAAAUAGAAGUGGGACGGUAUCGUAUCGGCAUACUUGCCAAGCCUCCCGAUUUUCCCGGGAGACUCACGGAUUUCAGUGCCCCUCCCGAAAACCAUUCUCCCAAAUUUUCUCCCGAUAUUGGAGGCGUGCCUAAUAGGCACUGUCUUUAACGUCCUCUACAACCUGUCUUCACAUCCGCUUUUCCUCCAUACAAACAGCGUGCCGGCCCACUCACAUUAUGUAUGAGGCCUUUACACACCCACAAUGAAUGUAACGCAUACUUGAUCAACAGCCAUAGAGGUCACACUGAGGGUGACAGUAUCAAAAACUUUAACACUGUUACAAAUAUGCGCCACACUGUGAACCCACACCAAACAAGAAUGACAAAACAUUUCAGGAGAACAUCCGCACCGUAACACAACAGAACCAAUACCCAGAACCCCUUGUGGGCACUAACUCUUCCGGGACACUACAAUAUAUACCCCAGCUUCCACCAAGACCCUACGCCCCAACUCCGCCCCCCUCAGCCUAAUCCAGCUCGAUCGACUGGGCUACUCCAAGGAACUUCAAACUUCCACUGUCUCUUAC